GAAGACCUCCCUGCCCUCUCGUGCUACACGCCACAGCGCUUUCUGCAAGCUGCCGGAUUCGUCUUGUCUUCAUUGCGGCAGCUGCGGUCGUGGCAAGGCGAGACAGCCGUCAGAAGCAGCCAAAGCCCAUCUCUGCCCGUUUCCCGCAUAUUUGUCACCGAAUCGGCACUUCGCUAUUGUCGCCGUCGCUCGAUGCCCCUGGCGGCCUAAGCUCGGCUUCCACGUGGCGUGGAGGUGUGUGGGGGGAGUGGGAGGCGGGAGGGCCACAUGGCGGAGCAGGAGUGGCCGAAAUGGCUGCACUGGGUGCCCUUCAAGCCCGCCAUCUCGCGGAUUGUCAAGUAUGGCACCAACCCCUUCGUCCUCACUGCGGCUGCCCCGCUGGCGCUGCGGCAGACCGGACUCUACUUCGCUCUCUACGACAUGGCCGGCUGUAAGCUUAGCAACACGCACACACACACACGCUCUGGAAGGAUGUCAGCAAGCAAUGUGGGACAGACGAGCCACGCACGAGCCAUGGGUGACUCUCUCUCUCUCGGUUUGUGCUGAUGCCAUGUGUGUGUGGAUUGUGUGUCGUGUGUGUCAGGGUUUGAGUGGUCUGCGUGGGGUCACCUCACCUGGAUUCUGUUCGUCUGCCUCGUCUACUGGACCAUCACAUGGGUCAACACCGUCAUGGAACGGGUAGGGAGCGACACUCACACGCACACCCAGCCCAACACGACGCGACUCACGGCACACAACACACCACACCGCUCACUCACUCACUCACUCUCUCUUUCGCUCAGCGUCGGGCCACCAAGCGCUACGAAGAGAUGAGUCUCAUCCUGGGCGGCGAGCAGGGCCGCAAGGCCAGCAAGAAGAAGCAACAGCUCCACACCAGGAGGGACAAGACGGCCGCCAAACCUGCGCCAGCAGCAGUGCCAUCGCCAUCAGCAGCGGCAGGAGCAGCAGAGCAGGAGGAGGCUCAGGUGGCUGUCGACGCGGCCAAGAAGAAGCGGAAGGGCAGCAAGAAGGGGGGCAAGGGCCAGGCUGCGGCCGACGACUAUGUGAGUGACCGACCGACCAGCCUACCUGCGUCACAGCACACGAGGGAGAGAGGGACCACACAGCACAGCUCCUUUCUAUCAUUCUACGACGGACUGGUUUUCCGUUGUGUUGUGUGUGUGUUGCAUGUCCAGGAGGCGGGCGAAGGGGGUGCCGACGACGCCAUUGAGGACUUCGCCGCCCAUCCGACACUCAGCAAGCCCAUUCAGGUACCGACAUAAGGCGCUCACACAGACACACGGGCAGGCGAGCGACAAUCCGACCCACCGUGUCCUUUGUCACUUGUCGUUGUGCAGGAUGCUCGUCGCAAAGAGGAGGAGCGCCAGGAGAAGCUCGAACGCAAGCAGCAGCAGCAGCAGCAACAACUACUGCAGCAGCAGAAGGCCCCGCAAGACCACCAACAGCAGCAUCAGCAACAGCAGCAACAGCCCCAACCCACCACCAACUCACCUGACGCGCCCACCAAACCGCCAUCAGCAGUGCCAGCACCUGCAUCGUCUGACCCUCAGCCCUUCUCCAAAUCGCACGACGCCGCCCAGACGCCGUCUCAUCCGACAAUCCUGCCCAUCCCUUCGCCUGCGUCGACCCCCCACACGCGGCAGAAGCCCCCCUCGCCCAGACCCAACACGCCCAACACCACCCGCAGCACCAGCCGCGGGAUGGAGAGGCGCAACACGGUGUCUUACUACCGGCCUGUGGGGGGUGGUGCCGGUGCCGGUGCCGGUGGUGGUGCCGCUGACAGGGGUCGCGGCAGCGGCGGGAGGGGUGGGCACGCUGCUCGUGGCAGCGGGAGGAGCGACGGGGGCAUUAGUCGGCAGGCCAGUGAGGGGUCUGGCAGGGACGACGACGCACAGGGGGGACAGAAAGAGGUCAGUGAGUGAGGGAGGACACAAUCACACGAAUCGGUGUGUGACACAUCCGUGUGUGUGUGUGUGUUCAGGCUGACGGUCCCCACCAUCCGUCGGUGUCUCAUCCCCCGUCGGUGCCGGCCUCCAUGUCUGACAGCCACUCGCACCCCAGCACACCCACGCACCCGACCCGCCCUCGCCCACCGCCUUCCAACACCCACCGAGGAGGCAGCGGCCCCCCACGGCCCUUCCGCGGCGGCGCUGGAUCGGGCAGAGGAGGCCAACACACGCAUAGCGCGGCAAGCGGCGUGGAGCACGGGCAUCAGCACCGAGAGGACCCACACAGGCGGCCGUCUGCCAAGGAGUCGGUCCGUGGCGGCCGUGGCCGUGGGGGGAAGAGCAGGCUGCCGCCGGUGGUGCCGAGCAGGCCCAUGUGGCAGCCGUCCGCUCCAUCGGCGCAUCGCAGCGGUCAGGGGGGCGAGGUCGGGGAGGCGGGGGCGAACGAGGCAGGGGCGGCGCGGCCCGACCUGGGACGGCAGGAGAGCAUCUCGGCCAAGAUGGAGAAAGAGUGGAACGAAUACACUUCCGCACACCCCAAUGAGUCGCAGCACCAACACCAGGGGCAGCUACCGAGCACCACUGAGGUGCCGCCCCUCCCGCCCCUCUCGUCGGCGCCCCGUCCACCGCCGUCCACCGUGACUCAGGAGCGGCGGGCCGGCAUUCCAUCCUCCCCGCCCCCAGAUGUACUCGAGGACGACAAGCCAGAUACGCGAGAGCGAGAUCGUGACGCCAAGGCUGCGGCAUCUGCAUCAUCGGCCGAUCGGCAGGUUCAGUCUUCGCCGUCAUCCGUCGCAGCAGCGGCCAUCUAUGAGAGCGCCAUCUCGACCAGACCGAGCAAGCCCCCUCCCUCUGAGGAGCAUCUGUACGCCGCCCAGCGAAAGGUCGAUGCCGAGAAAGGAGUGUCGUGCCACCACUACCAGCAGCAUCAGCAUUCACAGCAGGAGCAGCCGCAGAAGCAGCAGCAGCGACAGGAUGAGCAGGGCCCCCAGCCGUCGUCGCCGACCGAUGGCGUGAUGGCUGACGAUCCGGCCAUCGUCGCUGCGUCGUCUUCGUCGUCGCCAGGAUACCCCCAUGUCCCAAUGGUUGCUUGCAACCAUAUUCCACCGUCUGUGCCGUCGCCCCCCUUCAUGGAGGCGGGUGGGCCCAUGAGCGCCUCCCCGCCACUCAUGCCUGGGUCUCCUCCCUCACACCACCAGCAGCCCUUCGCCCCCUACCCGAAUGUGCCCGUCGACACCGACCUGCCGUAUGAGUACAACAGUCACCCGGUGGUGCCGACAGCAGUGGUCGCCCCGGCCGCUUUCGUCCACCCCCACGCCCCGGCCUUUGUGCACGCCACGCCGUUCAUCCAGCCGAUGCCGUGCGUCGACCCCUCUCUCGUCCACCCCGCCGAUCGCCUCUAUGCUGCCUACCAGCAGGCCCCCAUGCGCCCAAUGCACACGCCGAUCCGUCCUCGGGGGCCGGGCUACCACCCCCCACCGCUGGACACCUCUCUGCCGCCCCAGAGCCCGUCCACCGACCGGGGAUCGUCGGCCUUCACGCCCACACCGACCUCGCCCCACCCAGAGGGGCAGACGUCCAAGGGAUCCAAGGGGCGCAAGAUUUUGAACCGGCCCAAGGAGAGCAAGAGAGCGGGUGGGGGCAAUGCAAGCGAUGGGGCGAGGUCGCCCAAGAGCCCCGUGCCGCCGUCAGAGAGCACGUCCAACGAGCAGCAGCCGCAGGCGUCGGCUACUGCUGCUGCUGCGGCGGCCGUGGCGAAUGAGGAAAAGGGCGGCGCUGAGAAUGGCGUGCAUGUGCAUCAGCCUGCGGAUGAAGGGGCUAAGGGAGCUGACGAGCCACCACGGGUCGACGACAACAAGGGCGCCAAGACGGUCGCUACCCCAGCAGCUGCCCCAGCAGCGGAGAGCAAGCAAGCCGGGAAGACUGAAGAUGUGCAGAAGAAGAAGGACGCAGCAGGAGCUGCACCGGUGGCCGCCGAGAGUGAGAAGGACAAGCCCAAGAAGAAGCGGUGGUGCGAGUAUGAAGACGAUGACGAGGACUUUUUGCCGGCCCACCCUGGCACCUUGCGGAGCUCGUCCACCUCAGACAUCCCCCCGACCCCCCUCCCCCAGGCCGAGUCACGCCACCGUGACUCCGUCCCAGCACGCUCCACGUCGCAGCCCCUCUCGCCUCUCAUCAAGAAUGGGCCGCCCAACAAGAGCCUCGCGCCAAGCGUGCAGCGCCUGUUCGACAACUACCAACAGAACAGCCCCAACGCCAAUGCCGCCAGCAGCACCACACCCAACCACCACCCCGCACCAGACGACACACCGCCCGCACCCACAUCGACAGAGCAGGCCAAGCGCAAGCCGCCCCCACUCCCGGCCCGUUCCGGGUCGCCCGAUGGCGCCCGGCGGCCCAGCUGGUCGCCAUCUUUGCGCAACACCAAGAACGGCACGCAGGCCGACAGCAGCGUGAGCAAAGAGGGAGAGGAGAGUGGGGAUAACGGAGGAGCGAAGCUCAACAGUUCGUUGCCGAAUGGCGGGGUGGCGUCUCCCUCGACCGAUGCGAGCCCUUCCGGUAGCUCAGAGGGGCUGGGUGGGGGCGGGAACGGUGGGACUGCUGGUGCGGCGCGUGAGAGGUGUCAGCCUGUGUCUGUGGCCACGAGCGCACCCGCCCCACACAUGGUGACUAGUGAGGUAGAGAUUUGAAGCCAUGUACACCCGCAGACACACAGACGGGGAGAGAGACGGAGAUUGCUUCCCUGCUCGAGAGAUUGGUGGACACAAGGAGGGGGCGCGACGCAGAGAGGGGAGGGGCGGGUGGUAGUUGGUUGCGUUGCUUCUGAUGUGUGUGUACUUGCUAUAUGAGAGCUGAGGUGCAUCCUGCACAUGGCUUACAUGGAUUGAUUGUUGAGGGGAUGGGUGGACGGGAGGGUGUUGUGUUCUGUUGUGUUGGUUGGGGCGGACGGGAUUUGCCGAUCGGAUGGUUUUCAACGGUGGGCGAUCAUAUGUGUACGUGUGCGCGUGUAUUCCUCUAUUGAUUGAAGUUGUGUGGCGACAGAUCGAACCGACUGCUAACGAACGAACGAGUGAUCGAUUGCCUGACUUACCGACUGAUGGAUGGAUGGGUGGAUGGACGUUUUUGUAUUGAUCACGAUGUCACCAUUCCAGCGCCGUUGGUACCUCCUCCCGCACCUCCCCCCUUCCCCCUCCCCUUCACACCCAUGUGUGUGUGUGUGUGAGUAUGUAUGGCUGUCUGUCUGUCAUAUCUAGGACGUGCAUGUGUGUAUCUAACACCCACACACCGGGACACAGAGAGAGAUGGCCGCCCCUCGACGGUCGACAUAGUGGGCAGCUCGGCGAGUGACGUCCCUCAGAGGAAGACAGAGAGACUAGGGAGAGGGGACAAGACGGCGUGCGUGUGUGUGAAUGUGAAUGUGGGUGAGUGCGUGCGGUGCGUCUGGUGUGUGUGUAUGUAUCAUAGACAAGAGACAGACAGACAGACACACACAGCACAGCCGUCCCUCUAUACUCUUUUCUGGAUGGAUGUCAUGUUCUUUUGGUCUAAGACAUCACACCGGUCUGACACACCGACUCACAACACCAGACAACACAACACAACACCUCCCACCCACCCAUGCAAUGUGUGUGUAAGGAAGCCUGACUGACUGAUGGUGGUACGGGUACGGUACAUCGACCGACCGAUCGCACGGGGCGCUCGCUUUAUCGCUUGCCUAAUGGGGGCCGGGCCAGUGUCAGGGAGUUCAGCUAGUGUUGAUUAGACUCGGUAUUACCCAGCCAGCGUCCCAGCCAGCCAUGGUUAGGAGGUGGCAACCCCAUCGUCGUCGAAACACACACACGGAUCAUCCACGUAUUCGUCUGUCGUCUUCGGACGGGGAUCGCGUUGCUACCCUCCCAUGGCGGCUGACAGGGACGACAGGCAGACGCUAGUUGAAACACACCCAGUGGACAGACAGACAGACACUUGCUCUCUUACCUGUCUGUCUGACCUGAUUGCCUUUUCCUGACUCACCGACCUGCUUAAUCCACCAGAGAGAGAGGGAGAGAGCGAGAGAGAGGGGUGACGACACACACACACGAGAUAUGCGGGAAAGAGGGAGAGGCGGGAGGAGAUGACUGAUCAGAUCGCCCUUUUAUCGAUCUCGGAUGGGCUCACCCUGUCUGCCUGCCUGCCUGACGUGCACGCUCCCUCACUGACUCACUGACUGCUGUGCAUUCCAUCAUCCAAUCAUUCACUCAUUGCAUUGUGUUAUGCUCUUAUCUGCUGCAUGUGUCAUGUGUGUGAGUUCGUGUGAACGGACGGGUGUUUGGCUGACGACGUGGUACCGAUGUGCUGUGAUAGUCUGACUGACUGACCGACGGACUGACUGAUUGCCUGAGUGUCAAUUCAACUACAUGCUUCUCUCAAAC